AUAUUGUGAAUGGAUUGAAUAAUUUUUUUAAUUAAAUAGAUUAGAUGAAUUAUUUACCCUCCCUCCCUGUAUAUCAAACGUUGCAGUUCGCCAUUUUCACCCAUAGAAACGUUGGAUCGUCUUAUUUCCUGUCAAUUUGGAGAUGUUUUUUCUCGCGCUCUUGUUAGACAACAAUCCUCCUGCCAAGCUGACGUUAAAUGGACUCCUUUUUAGGAUGCUUCAAAUCCUCCAAAACCAUCUAUGAUUUCACUGUCAAGGAUUUCCGUAGAAAUGAUGUGAGUCUGAGUGUGUUCCGUGGGAAGGUUCUAAUGGUUGUCAAUGUUGCUUCAUAUUGUGGUUUAACGGAAAUAAAUUACAAAGAGUUGAACGAGUUGUACGCGAAGCACAAGAAUCAAGGGUUUGAAAUAUUGGCAUUUCCAUGCAACCAGUUUCUUGAACAGGAACCGGGAUCCAGUGAAGAAAUUCAUAAAUUUGCCUGCACAAAGUUUAAAGCUGAAUUUCCAAUCUUUCGUAAGAUUGAAGUGAAUGGAAAGAAUGCAGACCCACUUUACAAGUAUUUGAAGAAUCAGAAAGGUAGGAUAUUUAGAGCCAUCGAUUGGAACUUCGCCAAAUUCUUGGUAAACAAACAAGGGAAGGUUGUGGAGAGAUAUGCUCAUACCAUUGCUCCUCAUAAAAUCGAGUUUCUUCUUGCAGAAGGACAUCAUAAAGCUUUUACAUUCUUGAGUACCAAACUCAUGUUUCAGAGGACAUGGAGAAUCUGUUCAAUGCUUUUAUAGGACAAGGAACUUCACUAAAGCUUCUACUACUUAUUCCUAGUUAAUUUAUGGCUUGAAAAAUUCUUAAUAUGUAUAUGGAUUAUGCAAUAAGCACAGUUUGGUGUUUUCACUCUUUACAGAAUAAUAUUCUGAACUUUUUAGCUCUAACUCAAAACAGUUUCUUACAUAUUUUUAUAUUCUUAUAAGAAUAUGUACUAAAUGUUAAGAAUAUAUAAUAAAUGUGAUUCUCUUAUAUUCAAAAUCUUAAAGUUUUUUGA